GCGACAAGAUCGUUUGCGUGGUCGACAGCCCGUGGGACGCUGAAACCGCUCGAGUAGAAGAUCGUCACAUUCCAUUUUCACGACCACCGUUCAUUCCAUGACAAUUGUGCUUCGACCGGCCACCUUGGCCGACGCGCCGGGCGUCGCUGCUGUCGUCGCCGAGGGCUGGACUGCGUUCUCGAGCUUCUUACCGUCGUCGUUUGUCGACGAGCAAAACCGAAGUCACUUGCCCCGGUUCCAAGAGCUCUUGUCGAAGCCGAACCCAAGCUCGAGCAUGGUGCUCAUGGUUGCUGUGGACACGCGUGACGACGGCACUGAGGUUGUCGCUGGCGCUUGCACCGUGGGCACGACGCGCCAGAAACCCGCGGCCAUCAAGGACCUCUACACGUACGAGCUUCGGUGCAUCUACGUCCACGCUGGUUACCACGGUCAAGGCAUCGCAAAGAAGCUUUUCCAGGAGGCUCUCCGCGCGUUCGAAAUCCCAGUAGAUGCACCCAUCUUUUGCAACGUCUUCCUCAAGAACGUUCGCGCCUGUCGCUUCUACGAAAAGCUGGGCGCAAUCGAGGUGUACCGCGAAGCCAACUCGAUCUAUAGCCCCGAGCCGGAGUUCAUCCUAUCGCUUGCCUGGUCCCGGGCAGGGGAUAUUCUGUCGCCACCGACGGCAGCACGAGUAGCUAACAAGUAGAAGAAAAGUCUUCCAACUAAGAAAAGACCAUGGCGGUAAAUUUAUGACCUUGAUAAGACCAACAAAUACAAGCAGAUGAGAACUUUGACCUGCUCG